UAUAUUAUUGGUACACCUCAGACUUGGUUCCCUGGCUGCACUUAGUUCUUAGGGACCAACUUGAAAUGACUUUUUUUGGUUACUUCAUUGCUGUUUGUUAAAACAAGGUGUGUCUGAAGGCCAGGUGCUGCAAGACAAAAAAUUAAUGUGAUUAAGUGCACUAUUAAAUCAGGGUGUAGAGGAACUGCAAGACAGAUGGGAGGGUGGAGUGGUUUGUGUAUAUUUGAGCAUCAAACUUUAAACACUAGUGUAUUUCUGCUGACCAUAUAACUUCUGUUUAUUUCCAUCCAGUGUUUCUUUUGUACUGUGGGUCAGGGUGGGAGAACUAUGGCAUUUGGGGUGGAUUUUUUUAUUCUGAGUGCUCUGAAAUGUUCUGGAAUGACAUGUGAAGAACACGAGUAUAAAACUGAUCUGGUGUAGUCUGCAUGAGUUGUACUUGCCACAUUCUAUUCUUUGCUGCUGCUGCUUUUCCUGGCACUCAUCAGGUGCAGACCUAUAUGUGUAUGUAAGUUUUAUGUAUCCACUACCAGUAGGGAUUAUGUGGCUUUCUUUGUGUGUGCACAUGAAGUGUCUGUCAAAUGGUGAAGAGGAGGUAUAACCCUAAAGUGUCUCUGAAAGAAGCUCUGUGGCUUGUCAAAGCUGGAGGAUGUCUGAAACAUAUCAUAAACAGUUGCAAUAUACAGUCAGGCUUUUGCCUGUGUCUCAUCUAAGGGGAACUAUUGCAAUACUUCUUUUAAUAACCUAAAGAUACCUUUUUAGGUCAAUUAACCUAAUUAUUGAUGAAAACAAUACUGACUGUUGUCAGAAGACUUACUCAAGUGUUGCGUGUACCAUGGAGACUUCACAGUAUCACUUAGUGAUGUGUUGGAAACUUGGAACUAUUUGUUACGUGACAAACUGGGAUUGUAUGAAAACAUGAAAGAACCUGAAAAUUAUGCUGAUGUGAAAAAAGCCUAUCAUGCCUUCUUAGCAAGAAGCAAUAUGUUAGAUUUAAUAGACAUAUAUCAGAAGUGCUAUAGUCUUGGACUUUUAGCAGAAGAUGAAAGCAUAUCCCCUGUUCAACUGUUGGAAUUUAUUUCUGGUGUAAUGAAUGCACAAGGAAGUAGUGGUUCUGUUCUUUGUACUCCUACACAAAUCAACAGACAGGACCAGGAGCAUAUGAAGGUGUCAAUUCUGGCAAAGAAGUCUGUUUGUUCAUAUUUAAGCCUUUUGGUGAAUUCUAAGGAUGAUCUGGCACUGGCUCAUAUUCUAAAUGUUCCUGACAGAGGACUUGGUAGAGAAGCCUUCACUAACCUGAAACAUGUCUCACAAGAGAGAAAAAUGUCAAUUUUCCUGAUGGCAACAUCUUUUAUCCGGACCAUAGAACUUGGAGGAAGAGACUCUGCAUCUUCUUUGUAUGAUCCUUUAAGAGUCCAUGUAAAAGGACUUUCCAACUUUGUUAAUUUUAUUGACAAGCUGCAAGAAAUUGUUGGUGAAGUCUUAAAUACAAGAAUUGCAGGGGGCCGAAUUCUGUCAACAGUGAAGAUGCAUUUGAUAAAAGGCCGAAGCAAUGGGGAUCCUUUCUGUCAGGCAGUAGAGGAAGUUGUACAAGAUUUGGAUUUGAAGAUUAAAAAUAUUGUUGAUUCACAACAGGAAACCUUGACUGCUAGCACUCCUGGAGUCAGUCCAGCACGGCCAAAAUUGCACUCUAUAAAUCAUGGCACAGCUUAUUGUGGCAGAGAUACUGUAAAGGUCUUGCUAGUUCUUCUGGAUGAAGAAGCUGUCAAUCCUCCUACCCAGAACAAAGCAGAUCUGUUGUGUGACAAUGAAAGCUUAAAUUUGUGUGGCAUCACCUCUGUUUUGACACUCUUCAGCUCUCCAGCACGAUCCAGUGGGUCUUCUCCAAAACCUCUUAGACAACGUAUUCUGAAAUCUAUGGAUGGAAAAGUAAUUAAGAUGAAACAAUCUUCAAUUAAAUCCCAGUUUGCCUGUACGUAUAAAAAUGAUUUAAGUGAAAUGAGUGGUCAACAUUCCCAUGGAAUUCCAACCUGCAAACGUCCUGUUUUACCAAAGCAGCAUUUAAAAACUGGAAAGUGCGCAGAAGGUACAAAUUCAUGUCUUGAUGUACCAGGGCUUGGAACUAUUUCUGAAAGUGUUCACCAGACUAGAAGUUAUGCAGAAAUGGAAAAGCUGAGUUGUCAGCCAAAGAAGAACAACUCCGAGAAUGAACAGAUGGAUUUGAAGAACGACAAAAUAAUCUGUGACAAGGAAAGUGAACCAUCUUUGCAAAAAAAUACUAAAAGACUUAAGACUUCAAACAGCUCUGAGAAGGAAUCGGACAGCAAAAUUGGUGGAAAAAGAAAACAGACCAAAACUGCACAUAAGAAUAAGUUGAUUGCUGGUCAGGCAAAAUUAACUCGAUAUUUUCAAGUCUAAGUUU